AUGGCUGAAGAACAGGAGGUGAUUAGAAUAGAGCAUCUCUGUAAGCAGCUGUAUGAAUCUCAAGAUCCUCAUCUACGGGAUCAGGCUGAGAUAACCGUUGUCAAUUUCCAGGAGUCACCGGAUGCUCUCAGUAAAUGUCAGGCGUUGUUGGAGCGAGCUGAUUCAAGUUAUUCUCAACUACUCGCAGCUACAACUCUCUCCAAGCUUGUCAGCAGAUCAACAACUAGUCUGUCUGUGCAACAGCGGUUGGACAUUCGCAACUAUGUCCUCAACUAUCUGGCCACUCGGCCAAAGUUGGCCAACUUCGUUGUUCAGGCGUUGGUGUCACUCUUUGCAAGGAUCACAAAGCUUGGUUGGUUCGACAUGGUUAAAGAGGAGUAUGUUUUCCACAACGUCAUGAACGAUGUAUCCAGUUUCUUGCAGGGCGGCGCUGAACUGUGUUGUGUGGGCGUGCAGCUGUUGUCGUGUCUCGUUCAAGAGAUGAAUGCGCUGUCAGAUGCGGAUGCUGCGAGGUCGUUGGCUAAACAGAGGAAGAUAGCUUCUAGUUUUAGGGACACCCAAUUAUAUGAGAUGUUCCGUCUCUCCUGUUCCCUACUGGGGGCGGCCCGACGCGAAGCCCUAGAGACAAUGGGGGAGCCCUACACCCUACUCACGGCGCUCCUACGACUGGCUCACAACUGUCUAGCGUUCGACUUUAUAGGCACUACUACGGAUGAGAGCUCCGAUGAUUUAUGUACUGUACAGAUACCAACAGCGUGGAGGCCAACUUUCCUAGAACCUGGGACUUUAGAGUUAUUCUUCAGUCUAUACCACGGUGUGAGGUCAACCGGAUCAUUAUCGCUCGCGUGUUUAGUACAGCUGGCCAGUGUAAGAAGAUCUCUGUUCAGUAAUAGCGAGAGAGCUAAAUUCCUGAAUCGUUUAGCAGCUGGUGUGAUGAGGAUUUUGGAAGAUACUCAGGGUCUCUCAGACCCAACCAACUAUCACGAGUUCUGCCGCCUGCUCGCGCGCCUCAAGUCAAACUACCAGCUCGGCGAGCUAGUCAUGGUCGACAACUACCCGCGACUCAUCGAGCUAGUCGCUAAGUUCACGGUGCAGAGCCUGCAGGUGUGGCAAUUCGCCCCAAACAGCGUUCACUACUUGCUUUCUUUGUGGCAACGCAUGGUCGCUUCUGUGCCUUACGUGAAGGCGUCAGAGCCACAUUUACUAGACGUGUACGCGCCGGGAGUAACUGCGGCGUAUGUAGCGUCAAGACUGGAUAGUGUACCUGUACUUGUUAGCGAAGGCCUGGAAGAUCCCUUGGAAGAGGUGGGCACAGUGCAGCAACAGCUGGAACAAGUGUCAGUAAUAGGCAGAUGUGAAUACGGCAAGACCUGCACACUUCUGGUCGCGCACUUCGACCAAGCGGCCGCCGCGUACAGCGUGGAGACGGACCCGCGGCAAAUACUAGUCUUACAAGGUCAACUCAGCUGGUUGGUGUACAUAAUAGGUGCGGCUAUCGGCGGCAGAGCGUCGCUUAACACGAGCGAGGAGAAUGACGCAAUGGACGGAGAGCUUGUCUGUAGGCCUAUCAGAAUAAAUACUAUAUAUAUACUAUCUAUCUUACAGGGUGGAUGUGAAAAAUUAGAGCUGGCUAUGAUGUCAUUCUUCGAGGCAUUCAGGAAGAUCUACGUGGGCGAGCAGGUGCAGAAGAACAGCAAGGUGUACGGACGACUCAGUGAGGUGCUGGGUUUGAACAACGAGAGCCAGCUGCUGAGUGUCAUCAUGAGGAAGAUCAUAACAAAUCUGAAGUACUGGGGUGGUUCAAAGGCCAUAAUCAGCAAGACGUUAUCCUUGCUGAGCGAUUUAAGCGGCGGGUACUCCUGCGUGAGAAAGCUGGUCAAGCUGGAAGAAGUGCAAUUCAUGCUGUCACAUCACACGGCUGAACAUUUCCCAUUCCUGGGUGUUGGCGCUGGCAACGCUGAGAUGAGAUGCAGGAGCAUGCUGUACACCGCGCUCGGGAGAUUACUCAUGGUGGAAUUGGGAGAGGAUGAACAGAAGUUCGCAGCAUUCGUGAUGCCGCUGUCCGCGGCCUUCGAAAAUAUUAUGGGUCUCUUAAACCCGGGCGACACUUCUAUGUACGCGUCUGAAGAAGCUAAGAAGACGCUCAUAGGAGUGGCUCGAGACCUGCGGGGACUGGCGUUCGCUUUCAACACUAAGACGACUUACAUGAUGCUGUUUGAUUGGAUUUACCCCGUAUACAUGAAGCUUCUCCUCCGCGGGCUGGAAGUGUGGUUCAGCGACCCGGCCGUCACCACGCCCGUACUCAAACUAGCCGCGGAGCUCGCCAUGAACAGAAACCAAAGGCUGCAGUUUGAUGUGAGCUCGCCCAACGGAAUACUGCUGUUUAGAGAACUAUCAAACAUUAUAUGCGCUUACGGCAGCAGAAUAACUACACUGGAAAUUCCCAAGAAACAGAUGUACGCUAAGAAGUUGAAAGGCAUAUCGCUUUGUUUCUCAAUACUUAAAGCGGCUCUAUGCGGGAACUACGCUAACUUCGGAGUAUUCAGGUUGUACGGCGACGAUGCUCUUGACAACGCCCUCAACAUGUUCGUGAAGCUCCUCCUCAGUAUACCACAGAGCGAUCUAUUGGACUAUCCCAAGCUAUCUCAGACGUACUACGUGUUGUUGGAGCGUCUCGCCCAAGACCACAUGCCGUUCCUUGCUUCGCUCCAGCCAGACGCGGCUCUGUACAUACUGGCGUCUAUAUCUGAGGGACUUACGGCGCUCGACACGAGCGUAUGUACCGGAUGCUGCGCCACGCUGGACCACAUCGUCACCUACCUCUUCAAACAGUUGGUGCAGAAGACUAACAACAAGGGCGGAAAUAGACAAGUUCCUGAGAGUAAUAUGUUCAUAGAAGUGUUACAACGAAGACCUGAGAUCAUGCAACAGCUAUUGGCUACUGUGUUGAAUCUAAUCAUGUUCGAGGACUGCUGCAACCAAUGGUCCAUGUCCAGACCUCUGCUGGGGCUGGUACUUCUAAACGAAGAACAGUUCUCACGUCUCCGAGAACAAAUUAUAUCUCAACAGCCCGCUGACAAGCAACAGCAAUUGGCUCAGUGGUUCAACGGACUUAUGGCUGGGAUUGAACCGAAUCUACUCACUAAGAAUAGGGACAGAUUCACACAGAACCUAUCUAUGCUGCGGCGCGACAUCAAUGAUUUACUCAAGGGCAGCUCCGUGAACACCUCGGUUACUGACAUGAUGACGUCAUAG